AUGGCUGCAGGUGGAGCUUCCUUUCUUGCUGCUGUUGCUGUUUUCUCCAUGCUGAUUAUGUCGUCUCUGGGGAAUCCGAGGCCUUUAUGCAGUGACUGUGGGACGUUGUGCAGUACCAAGUGCAACGAGGAGGCUAAAAACUCCUGCAGUGGUACCUGCUACAACCCUCGGGAGGGCUGUGAGAGGCAGAUCUUGGACCAGUGCAAAGCCGAGGGUACCUGCUGCAGUAGCAAUAGCACAUCAUGCACUUGUGACUGCAACACCAUAGCUCAAGAACGUUGCAGCAGCCUCACCGACAACUACACAGAUUGCCAAGCUUGCACUAACAGCAUAUUCAAUCAGUGCAAUACCACCUGUAACGAUGACUGCAACAACAACUGCAAGAAGAAAGGGUGUCAUGCAUAG